GUGAGGAGCAGUGGAGGAGAAAGAGCAGGGAAACUGAGGACAGCCUCGGGAUCAAAGAGCUGAUCUGUCUGAGUUUAGAGGAACAUCAGCUCAGAGGGAAAAAGCUCUCCCACCAUAAAAGUCCAGGCCGAGAGCCGAAGCACCACAGGAGGCUCGGAGCUUUGAAAGACUGUCUUUCAGCAAUGAUGCUUCUGUGUGUGAUGCUGCUGAUUUUCUCUGGUUUCAUGGAGGCCAAUUCAGAGAACUUUAAGGUUGUUGGCCCAGUUGAGCCUCUUGUUGUUGAAGCUGGUGAAGACCUGGUUCUGCCCUGUUCUCUCCAACCCAACAUCAGUGCUGUGGAUAUGACGGUGGAGUGGAUCAGAACAGAUCGGACUGAUACUGACAAACUAGUGCAUCUCUAUGAAGGUCAUAAAGACACAAAUGAUAAGCAGAUGAAGUCUUACAGAGGAAGAACAGCUCUGUUUAAAGAAGAACUGCAGAAAGGAAACACCUCACUGAAGCUCUCAGCAGUCCAUCCUUCUGAUGAGGGAGUUUAUCAGUGUUACGUUGAGUCUGGGUCGCUGUAUGAUGAUGUCACUGUUCAUAUUGUAGUUAAAGAACUUUUUAAAGUAGUUGGUCCAGCUGCACCUGUUGUUGUUGAAGCUGGUGAAGAUCUGGUUCUGCCCUGUUCUAUUGAACCCAGGAUCAGUGCUGAAGAUAUGGUGGUAGAGUGGAUCAGACUGUACCUGAAUGACAGAUUAGUGCACCUGUAUGUAGAUUAUGAAGACAGAAAUCAGGAACAGAUGGAGUCUUACAGAGGAAGAACAAGCUUAUUCAAAGAAGAACUAAAAAAAGGAAACACUUCACUGAAACUCUCAGCAGUUCAACCUUCUGACGAGGGAGUUUAUCAGUGUUACGUUGAGUAUAGAGACUGGAAUAAUAAUGUAAAUAUAUAUGUUGAAGUUAAAGGAAAAGGUUUUCAUGCUUGGAAGAUUGUCCUCAUCUGCAUGUCAGCUUUUGCCAUUACAUUAACCGCUUUUACAGCUUACAUCGUGAAAGAUAAAUUCUCAAAAAAGCAGCUCUCUCCUGCACAAUGUUCAGUCAUAACCUACAUGCGAGUCCAGUCCGAGAAUAAGAAGGAAGAACUGAACCUGAAGAAAUUCAACACAUCAGAGGAGGGAUACAGAAGACUCAUCCCAGCUGUCACAAACUGCAGAAAGGCUCAAUUUGCUGGCUGUAGCCUCACUGCACUGUGCCUUGAAAUAUUGAGUACAGCUCUAAAAACAGAAAAUUCCUCUGUAAAAGAGCUGGACCUCAGUAAAAAUGACCUGCAGGAUGCAGGAGUGGAAAAGCUCUCUUCUGGACUCAAGAGUUCACACUGUAAAUUGGAGAUAAUCAGACUUGCUGUGUGUAAACUCAGCGCACAGUCCUGUAAUACUCUGACAUCAGUUUUACAAACAGAAACCUCCUGCCUGAAAGAACUAGACCUCAGUAAUAAUGACCUGCAGGAUGCAGGAGUGGAGAAUCUCUCUGUUGGACUGAAGAGUUCACACUGUAAAUUGGAGAUAUUAAGACUUGCUGUGUGUAAACUCAGUCCACAGUCCUGUAACACUCUGCAGUCAGUUUUACAAACAGAAACCUCCUGCCUGAAAGAACUAGACCUCAGUAACAAUGACCUGCAGGAUGCAGGAGUGGAGAAGCUCUCUGUUGGACUGAAGAGUUCACACUGCAAACUGGAGAUAGUCAGACUUGUUGUGUGUAAACUCAGCGCACAGUCCUGUGACACUCUGAACUCAGUUUUACAAACAGAAACCUCCUGCCUGAAAGAACUAGACCUCAGUAACAAUGACCUGUAUGACUCAGGACUGGCGAACCUCUUUGCUGGACUGAAGAGUUCAAUCUGCAAACUGCAAAUACUAAGACUAGCUUUGUGUAAUCUUGGAGUGAAUACAUGUGAGAGGCUAGGAUCACUUUUAAAACUGGAAAUCUCCCUGAAAGCACUGGACCUCAGUAAUAACGAUCUGCAGGAUUCAGGAGUGGAGCUGCUCUGUGCUGGACUGAAGACUGGAGACUGUAAACUGGAAAAACUCAUAUUGUCUGGUUGUAUGAUCAAAGAGGAAGGCUGUUCUUCUCUGGCUUCAGCUCUGAGUUCAAACCUGUCGCACCUGAAAGAACUGGAUCUGACCUACAAUCACCCAGGAGAGUCAGGCGUGAAGGUGCUCUCAGCUAGACUGGAGGAUCCACGAUGCACACUAAGAACUCUCAGAGUGGAACAUGGAGGUGAAAACAGAAUCAAACCAGGACUGAAGAAAUAUUCCUGUGACUUCACUCUGGAUCCAAACACAGCGUACAGGUCUCUCGCUCUGUCUGACGGGAACAGGAAGGUGGAGCGUGUGGGAUCUCACUCGUAUCCUGAUCAUCCAGAGAGAUUUGAUUUCUGGUGUCAGGUUCUGUGUAGAGAGAGUCUGACUGGACGCUGUUACUGGGAGGCUGAGAGGAGCGGGACGGUUUAUAUAGCAGUAACAUAUAAAUCAAUCAGGAGGAAAGGAGGCAGUGAGGACUGUGUGUUUGGAUGGAAUAAAAAGUCCUGGAUUCUGAGCUGCUCUGAUAACAGUUACUCUGUCUGUCACAAUAAUAACAGCACUAAACUCUCUGCUCGGCCGUCCAGUGAGAGAGUAGGAGUGUAUGUGGACUGUCCGGCCGGCUCUCUGUCCUUCUACAGCGUCUCUGAUGAUCAAACACUGACGCACCUUCACACGUUCAGCACCACAUUCACUGAACCGCUCUGCGCUGGGUUUUAUAUUGAUUAUCGCUCCUCAGUGUGUUUAAAAUAAAAUCUCCUCCUGAGUGAAACACAAACCAUAAAAAUAUCAGGUUUGUGUGGUUUUAUGUGUAAAACAGUGUAAAGAUUCAUUUUUACAUCAUUUAUAUCUUCAUUCUUCA